ACAUGCACUUUAUUAGCCCGCAUCAUUCCGUGCGCGCCGCGGCACUUCCGGGUCUGUCCUGCGGAGGAGGCGCGUCGUUGUGGGCGCAGCAGCAUCCAAAGAUACAAAGAAGAAGAAGAAGAAGACGGCAACGAUGGCCGAAAUGUCUCUGUACCUGACUAACGUCAGUGUGUCCGUCGGGCCGAGCGUGGACGUGGAGCAGGCUCCGCAGCAGAGGGAGAAGGUCCCCCGCAGGAUCAUCCACUUCUCCAGCGGGGAGACCAUGGAGGAGUACAGCACCGACGAGGAGGAGGGCGAGGGCAGCGAGCCGGAGAGGAAAGACCUGCUGUCCUCCCCGGUGGAUGCGGCUAGGUCCAAGUUGACCUGGGGUCCAUACUUCUGGUUUCACAUGUGGAGGGCUGCAACGUCCACCAUCUCAGCCUGUGACUACCUGGGGGAAAGGAUGGCCUCGCUCUUCGGGAUAACAUCAGCCAAAUAUCAGUACGCUAUAGAUGAAUACCACCGGAUGAAGAAGGAGAGGGAGGAAGACAAAGAGGAAGACCGCCUGUCAGAAGAAGCGCAGCGAUCCUUUGACCAGCUGCCGUCUCAGGAAGGUGAGGACGAGCCAAUCGCCACCAAAGGCCGGCUGGAGGCGGACCCCGCUCACCGUGAUGUGACCUGUCAGAUCGAGAAUGAAAAUCGGGUGUUUUCGAGCACCAUCAGGGUUCCUGCUAUCGUCACGGCAACCUAGCUGACCCUGAUUAUGGAAGUUGGCACUCCUAUGCUUUGUCUGUCGGUUAAAGAAGGAACACGGUCUGGUUUCACAGUGCCCCGUUUAGUUGGUGCCGUAGGUGGCCGUGCUGCUGUGUUUUGGGUGUUUGGCGAGGACAGUAGGGGUGGACGAGUGUCCCUAUGCGACAGAGUAGCAGCUGGAUAUUGGAGCAACAUAGGAUCUUUGAAUAUAUUUUGUUAUUUGCAUGUUAUGAGAGCAAGUAUCCUAUUAUGUUCUAAUUCAUCAACGAACGCAUUGUUUUGUUAACAUGUUUUAAUUGUUUAAAACAACAGAUUUGGCUUAGUUACUUCAUCCAGCUGUUGUAAUAUCAGUUAUGAAUCUUUUCUGUGGAGUGAAGGUUCCAUGUUGCUCCCCUGGGCCUAAAUCACUACUACACCCGAGUCAGGGACAGAUCUGGACAAAGCCUACCAUCGCAAAUGAUUCCCAAUUGUGUGAAGACGUCAAAAAGCCUCUGUUGCCGUAACGACAUGUUGACUUCUUCAAGUAGUUGGUGAAUGUCCAACAGCUGUUGUUUGGUCCAGAUCCGAUUCAACUGGUGCAUUCUUGGUACAGCUGGCUGCAUCAAAGAGCAGGUCCUUCAGACACCCCCUCGCAGGUUGAUUUACGCUCUGUGUUUUCUAUCAAUGUGCAUUAAGCUUGUGUUGCACUCACUGUCUAUGUGAAAACACUGAGCAGAUUCAGCCUUGGUUAUCAAAUCAUCUGUGGACCACCAACGGGUUGCUCUCAUCCGACUGAUUAACCAUGGACAUAAGAAUAAUAAGAAUAAAGCCUGUGGUGUGUGAGCCUUUGUAAUGGCAGAGAGCAACGUUACACUAAGGAUGUACAAAAACAUGCAAACUUACAUUUUUAACUGUUUUUAGUACUAUUUUUGUAUUUAUUUGACCACUUCAUUUAAAUAUAUUUUCUAUUGAUCUGGUAAGUAACACUGUCAUGAACUAUUAAUGAAAUAAAACAUAGAAAAUGA